AUGGUGCUCGCGCAACAAGAACUCGUGGCCAUCCUUCGGCUCGCGAGGACUGACCGACAGCGCCGUACUGUGAUGGCCAUAAUGGCCUCACACAUUGUUGAACGACCCAUCAUCCCCAACGUACGAUUCGACCUUGCCAGCAUGACCGACGCCAACGCAAUCCUCAACUUCCGUUUCGAUGUGGCUGGCGUUCAGAAGCUCGCCUUCCUCCUCGGCCUCCCUGCGGCGGUUAUUACUGCUAGCCGUAACCGCGUGUUGAGAGAUGAAGCUUUAUGCAUCGUCCUCUCCCGUAUGGCUUUUCCAACCCGGUUUUUCGACAUGGCGCAGACCUUUGGGCGAUCACGAUCUGUGCUGUGUGAUGUUUUCCUCCACGUUUUGAACGAGUUGUACGACCGGUGGAAUCCAUUGCUGUACUUCAACACCAACCUUGUGGCAAAAAACAUUUACCGAUACUGCGCCGCCAUCAACUCGCGUGGCGCCCAAACUAGUCGUGUGUUUGGGUUUAUCGACGGCACGAAGCUGCAAGUGUGUCGGAUGGGACCAUCGGGAAACGGGGACAAUUUGCAGAAGGAGAUCUACAGUGGCCAUAAGCGGAUGCAUUGUCUGAACUACCAAGCCGUCACUGCCCCCGAUGGCCUUUGCAUUCAUUUUUUUGGGCCGGUGGAAGGACGGCGCCACGACACGAAGUUGCUCCGUGAGAGCGGGCUGCUCGAGUUCCUUUCCCGGAACUCACACAUCUUCUCGGAGAAGUGCAUCUACGGCGACCCUGCAUACGGCGUGUCCCUGUUUUUGGUGUCUGGGUUCAAAGGCAAUGAGCUCAACAAUUCCCAAAAGGAAUUCAACAAGUCGAUGAGUCGAACAUUUAACAUCGAUAAUUGCCUUGUCUUUUAA